CACUCGUCCUCCCACUCGUCCUCUCCACCCUCCAGUCUCCAGUCAGUCACCCACUCGGUGGUCGCUAUAGUGCGGCGUUCCACGGAACUUGGAUUUAUUCCCGCCAGUCAUCACAUCAAGAGCAGCGAACGGAGAAGAUGUUUUUCGUUCUACUGCCGGUCGUGGCUCUAACGUUGAGCACACAAUCCGCAGCUUCCGGUGCCAGCAGCGACAAACGGUUGAGCACCGUGGCCCAGUACGCCAAGGACAGAUCCUGGAACAGAUACAGAGAUGAUGACUACUUCAAAAGCUGGGCCCCUGCCAGGUCUCUCGAGCAAGGUCCCGACACGACAAAGGACCCCUGUCUGAAAGUGCGCUGUCCCCCUCGCAAGGUGUGUGUCAGCCACGACUACCAAACCGCCAUCUGCACCAAUCACAAGAAGCCGGCGCACAGCGUAAAAGCGCGGAAAGGCAGCUUGGGCCAAAAGCACAGACUUGAAACCGGCACUCACGGGAGCUGCAAACUGUGCUCUGCACCGCGUUCGAAUCCGGUAUGCGGGUCCGACGGACACACCUAUUCCUCUAAGUGUAAGCUGGAAUUCCAGAGUUGCCUCUCUGGGAAGAUGAUCUCCGUGAAAUGCGAUGGAGCGUGUCCGUGUUUGCCUGGACCGGCGCUUAGCAAACCGCCACGGAAAACCGACAGGACCGUGUGCAACGAUGCAGAGCUCCACAGUCUGGCUGCCAGACUCAAGGACUGGUUUGGAGUCCUUCACCUCGAUGCCAACAGAGACCUCAAAUCCUCUGACGGCUCCGACUCAGCCAAUGGACACUUCGACACUAGCAUCUUGCCCAUAUGCAAAGACUCACUGGGCUGGAUGUUCAACAAACUAGACAUGAACUUUGACCUCCUGCUUGACGAGUCGGAGCUGAGCGCCAUCUACAUGGAUAAAUACGAGGUGUGCAUGAAGCCGCUGUUCAACUCCUGCGACUCCUUCAAGGACGGCAAGCUGUCAAACAACGAGUGGUGCUACUGCUUCCAGAAGCCUGAAGGUUUGCCUUGUCAAGCGGAGAAGAGCAGGAUCCAGAAUCCGAGUCGAAGGAAGAGCAACAUAGGUUCAUAUAUUCCUCGCUGUACCGAAGAGGGAUACUUCAAACCAACGCAGUGUCACGGCAGCACUGGACAGUGUUGGUGUGUGGAUAAAUACGGUAAUGAGAUCGCCGGAUCCAGAAAGCAAGGCAACCCAAACUGCGACGAAGAUCAGGAAACAUCAGGAGAUUUCGGCAGCGGCGGCGCGGUCAUUCUCCUCGGCGACCAAGACGAAGAAGCCUCUCCGAGUCGUCAGAAGAAACGACGGGGUCGCAUCCACCCUAGGGGGACCACCGAAGACGACGACGACGAGGAGGAAGACGACAAGGACGACGAGAUGGGCUACGUUUGGUAGCUCCGCCCCCCAGCCCCACACUGUCAUCAGCCGACCAGGAAACGUUCAGCACAGAUUUGAAGCCAUUCCAGCCUCUCUUUUCCAGCAGUCCAUCUUUUUAGCUCUUGAACUUUGCGAUCUCGAUCAUCCGUGGACUUUCACGUUAUUUUUUCCGAAUCUUUCUCUCUGUUUGCCCAAACCCAUGAGCCAAUGUAUCGGAUGUAAAUAUGGACACAACAGGCCAGAAGAUAACAUUGUUCCUUCAUUCUGUGUGUACCGUUCCACGGGUCCAAUACCGUUCCUCAAAAAUCCACCACUCGGAAGAUUGUAAAUUAUUUAACCGUUGAUCUUGAAUGUCCCAGAAAGAGCAGGUAGCAAUGAGAUUUUAAUGAUGUGUCGUCGUUGUUGUUGCAUGUUUCCUCAUCGUGUUCCUGUAAAAAGAGAGAAUUACCUGGCUCGGGUCAAGCUCUAUGCAUCUCCAACAGAACGUGACGCCUAAUCGGCUGCUACGAUACUUUACGUUUAUUUGCUAUGUCGAUGCUGUCUACUAUGGGUGUCUUUUUUUCGGUUCUUCUCCCAAUCUCAGGAGGAAGGAAGUUGCAUUGUCGAGCGAUAGACAAGCGAAGCCGGGGGUACCCGGCGUCGCGGCGUCGUGGCUGCUGAGACUGUUUGACUGUGCAUGGACACUAAAAGAAGGCGUUUUGCUCCUGAGCUGGGAGGACUUAUGAAGUCGUGGGAGCAGAGAAGAGGCUCUUUGUUCUGCCUCCUUAACGCCAUGUCAACCGAGUGAACUUUUCUUUGUAAGUUUGACAAUUUAAGUAAAGUGGCACUUUGGGUGUCUUUUGAACGUUAUGAUUCUCUGUGUGUGCGAGUGUGUGUGUGUGUGUGUGUGUGUGUGUUCCUCCCCUGGGUGCCGACUCAUGCACAAGCCUCAUAUUUGUCGCAUUAUUUCAGUAAGUCGGAGUGAAAUGAGUACACAGUCAGGAAACAAUCAAAUAUGACCUUGUUUUACCCUUGCGAGUGCAGCCUUUGCUUUUAGCGGCUGAUAUUAGUGAUGGAAAAUGCACAUAUCGUUUACUUUGUAGGGAUG